AUGACCUCAGUAUUUAGAUCAGAGACCAUGGAAGUGCUAGAAGAAGAACCGGUGACAUCUAAGACUCAUGAUCAUCAACUGGAAUCGGAUACCAUCCCUGUGGAAGUGUGUAAUAAAUCACCUGCCUCCCUGGAGAUAACUCAAGGCGUUUCAAAGGAAAGAAUUUACCUUGGCUCUAGCCCUAAAGUGGGAGGAAGUUGUGAUCUCAGCCACCAGGAAGGACUUCAGCCCAGGUCCCUUCAUUUGUCCCCCCAAGAACAAUCUCCCGAUCAUCAAGAUAAGAGUCAAUCUUGGAGGCGAGCAAGUAUGAAGGAAAUGAACCGGCGGAAGUCACUGCCUCCCUUUCAUCAGGGCAUCACAGAGCUCAGCAGAUCUAUCAGUGCCAACUUAGCAGAAAGCAAACGGCUUGGCGCUCUCCUGCUUUCCAGUUUCCAGUUCUCAGUUCAGAAACUUGAACCUUUCCUAAAGGACACUGAGGGCUUCAGUCUUGAAAGUUUUAGAGCCAAAGCAUCUUCCCUUUCUGAGGAAUUGAAACAUUUUGCAGAGAACCUGGAAAGUAAUGGAACUUUACAGAAAUGUUUUGAAGAUUCAAAAGGAAAAGCAUCAGAUUUGUCUCUGGAAACAUCAGUGGCUGAGAUGAAGGAAUACAUAACAAAAUUUUCUUUAGAACGUCAGUCUUGGGAUCAGCUCUUGCAACAAUACCAGAAGGAGGCCGAAGACAUCAUUUCCAGAGAAUCAGUUGAAACCAAAGUUACCGAAGUUGAAGUGGAACCUGCAACAUAUCUUGGGUCUUCCCAGAGUGAAGUCCUUCACACAAAGCCUGACUACCAGAAGAUAUUGCAGAACCAGAACAAAAUCUUUGAUUAUAUGGAGUUGAUGAUGGAUGAACUACAGGGAUCAGUGAAGCAGCUGCAGGCUUUUAUGGAUGAAAGUACCCAGUGUCUCCAGAAGGUGUCAGUACAGCUUGGGAAGAGAAGCACACAGCAGUUAGAUCCGUCACCAGCUCGAAAACUGCUCAAGCUUCAACUGCGGAACCCACCAUUGCUCUAG